GACCUUCAGACUCAUCCACUGGAAGGCAUCGUUCGAUAUUUCUGCUGCUUAUAGUGGUCGUAUGAUGUCUUAUAAUUUGCGGUAUUUUAAAAGGAAAUUUCAUUUUUUUUAUUGCGUUGAUCGGUAGCCAUUGAUGGGAAAGAGUUAUUUGGUUACAGAAAAACGAAAUAUUAGUGAGUAUACAACACACAAAUGUGCACAUUUCGGCGGGAAUAUGAUAAUUUAUUAUACAAUUGAAAUCAGUUUUUAUAGCUACUAGGCAGCAAAUUAGUGUUUACAUAUUUCGUGUCUUUUUAGCAUUAAUAGUGAAUUUGGAGAACAAAUGGCUAGGUCGAAUCAAGAAGACGAAGGGAACGUUGUAAAUAGCCAAGUGGUGGUAUUACAAACAUGCCUUGUUUGUGAUGACAUAGCGACUGGGAGGCAUUAUGGCGUUAUUUCAUGCGAGGGAUGUAAAGGGUUUUUCAAACGAAGUAUAAGGAAAAGCAUGCGAUACACGUGUCGUGACGGAGGUGAUUGCCCGAUAGAUAGAUCGCAGAGAAAUCGAUGUCGGCGUUGUCGACUCAACAAGUGCUUAAAAAUGGGAAUGAAGAAAAGUGGUAAGUGUUUAUAGUGCUUUUGCCCCGCAUUUCUUGUUCAUGAUAAACACCGAUGAUAUGGUUUGACCUUCAUUAACAUUGAAAUUGUUAUGUAUGGCGGUAUCAUUUAUGAAUUAUUUCUCAUGGCAGUCACCAUAACAAAAUGACAAACAGAGAACUAAGACAGUUUUAAAUUCAUAAAUUUUGCUACAGUUUAGAAAGUUCCAGAAAAUUUUCAGGAAAAUUUUGGGCGGAAAUUCCGUGUAUAUUACAGGGAAGUAUUUUCAGAAUGUUCCACUCUCGUCCGCAGAAUCUGCUCAAGCCAAG